AAUCGAAUUGGGUUUUUUCUGCACUCCUUUCCUUCCCUCUGUCUUCCUCGAGAAGCAGCGCAGGAGGAGCUGGAGACCGAAGGCAUUCCCCCCUACAGCUGCUGCUCCUAGGCUCCCAGGCCUGGUCUCCGUAUCUAGAUUACCAUGGCAACUGGACAGAAGCUGAUGAGAGCUAUUAGAGUUUUUGAAUUUGGUGGACCAGAAAAGCUGAUACUCCAGUCAGAUGUUGCAGUACCAAUUCCAAAAGGCCAUCAGGUUCUAAUCAAAGUGCACGCAUGUGGUGUAAACCCAGUGGAGACAUAUAUUCGCUCUGGUACUUACAACAGGAAACCAGUCUUACCCUAUACUCCUGGCUCAGACGUGGCUGGGUUAAUAGAAGCUGUUGGAGAUGAUGUAUCUGCUUUCAAGAAAGGUGAUAGAGUUUUCACUACCAACACGAUCUCUGGGGGCUAUGCAGAGUAUGCUCUUGCAGCUGCUCAUACGGUUUUCAAACUUCCUGAAAAUCUGGACUUUAAGCAAGGAGCGGCCAUUGGUAUCCCGUAUUUUACUGCUUAUCGAGCUCUGUUACAGAGGGCCCGUGUGAAGGCUGGAGAAAGUGUUCUGGUUCACGGAGCUAGUGGAGGAGUUGGAAUAGCAGCAUGCCAGAUUGCUAGAGCUUAUGGUUUAAAGGUUCUGGGCACAGGCGGUACUGAGGAAGGACGAAGGACUGUUUUGCAAAAUGGAGCCCAUGAAGUGUUUGAUCACAGAGAAGUUAAUUAUAUUGAUAAAAUUAAGAAAUCUGUUGGUGAAAAAGGAAUUAAUGUGAUUAUUGAAAUGCUAGCUAAUGUAAAUCUUAGCAAUGAUUUGAAUCUUCUUUCACAUGGAGGACGAGUAAUAGUUGUUGGCAGCAGAGGUCCUAUUGAGAUAAACCCACGAGACACCAUGACAAAGGAGUCCAGUAUAAUUGGAACUACUCUCUUUUCAACAACCAAAGAGGAAUUUGAGGAAUGUGCUUCAGCCCUUGAAGCUGGAAUGGAAAUUGGUUGGUUGAAACCUAUAGUAGGUUCGCAGUUUCCACUGGAGAAGGUGGCCCAAGCUCAUGAAGAUAUCAUUCAUGGCAGUGGAGCUACUGGAAAAAUGAUUCUUCUCUUAUGAUGAUUAACUCAUGGAUUUCCUUUGCAAGUAGAAGUUUUUUUACCCCACACUUUUACUUCCACUGCCUUUCCUUUAAUUAACAUUCAUUUGAUUGAGUGACUUUCUUAUAUUAGAAAACAAGAUUUUUCUCUGGAGAGAGCAGAGAUGGUGGAGUAAAAAAUACUUAUAUUUGGCAAUAUCUUUUAUACUUUCACUCUAAAAUCAAGGAGUUGUUAUAGAAGGAAAUAGCAUGUUAGUGGGGUCAUUUGACUUUGUGAGGCUUUCCAGGAAUUCCUAACUGGUGUUUGAUUAAUUCCAUAUCUUUGACAACAUAUGCUAAUCCAAAUUAGACUGCUCAACUUCCAAGGGUUUCCAAGCCUACUUCUCUUUAUAAAGACUCUUAGGCCUCUGAUUAGCCCAUAACUGCAUUUCAUUCUAAAGAUUUUUCUGGACUAAAAAAACUCCUUUUCUAUACUAAUGUCUUCUGGAUCUAUAAAUUUCUUGAAGGGCAAGAAUAAAUGAUGUCUAGAGACAUUCAUUAGUUUCCUUUGAUUUGAUAUGAUUCCAGAUACAUAGUCUCCUAAUACAUAUUUCUUGACUGACUCGAUUUCCAGAGUAGAUUUAGAGUUAGUUGUUUGUAUAAUGGGGAGGGGGGAGGGAGGUAACACUAAUAUUUAAAUGAAUAAGCUCAAAAUUUGACACAUUAAGAAUGGUCUACCUGUUUUCAAAAUAUGGUUAAAAAAAAUAAAGUCUAUAGAAAAUUA